AAGUCUCAUUCUGUGGGGCAAUUGAGAUGAGCGGCUUUCUCGAUCUCAAGUGUGAAAUAAUAAGGGGUGGAAUGAGAGAGUAUCUGACACCAAUGGGGCCAACUCCACUUCAUGUAAACCCAAUAUUUGAGAUAGGCCCUGUUGAACCAAGAUUCUCAGAAUGGCUUGUCUUUGAGGGUAUAAGCGUUGAUGAGAGUGGGAGACAGCAUUUUCUUGACGCAACUGUGGCUUACAAGCGUGCAGUACUCAAUGCCACUGACUACCUCUCCAAAUUCGGAUACACCAAAGAACAGGCCUACCUUCUCUUGUCUUGCUGCCCAUGUGAAGGGAGAAUUUCUGGAAUUGUAGACGCCCCAAAUGCUGUGGCGACCUUGGCAAUUCCAACAGCUAUAUUUGAUCAGGAUAUUCGUCCAAAAGCAAGUAAAGUACCCGUAGGGCCCCGGGUAGUGAGAAAACCAGAUGUCCUGAAAUGUAGUUAUGAUGGAAAUAUUUACCCACAACAAACAACCCUUCCUCUAGCUCUACCACUUAAAUCUCUACAAGGGUAGGGUGAUGAAUAAAGAAGGAGAGCGGUAAUUGUAACUUAGCUUUCUGUUUAUUGAUGCUAUAAUAUAUGGUAGAACAUAUUUGUUGUUGAAACCAUCUUUUCUUUGGAGGAGGGUGUAAAUAAUGCAAUGACAAAGUACUUGUGCUAA